GGCCAGAGCUCCUACCUGAACUGUAGCAUAGACGCAAGAUAUCCUCUUCGUUUCGUUGGAUUCUUUCCGUGUCUCAACCAAUGGGAUGAAGUGGGAGACUGUGAUAGGCUAACCCUCACUGCAGUGGAAAGAGCUAUAGCAGAAAUCAACCAAGACACCAACAUAUUGAGAUGCUUUAAAAUAGAAGUGCUCCCCAUUACUGAUCCAAUUCAGAACCCAACUGAAAUAAUUAAGUUUUUAUAUGAGAAGCACAACAAUCUACCUAUUCAUGGUGUUAUUGGACCUUACCAUCCUGAAAGUGCUGAAAUGUUUGCUUAUAUUUUUGGACAUUAUCUGAGUACAUUACAGAUUUCUUAUUCAGUGACUAGUGUACUACUUGAUGACAAUGAAAGAUAUCCUUAUUUUCACACUACAAUUCCAAAUGAUAAGUAUUUUGGUGUUAUUAUAAGUAAGCUACUGGAUCACUUCAGAUGGGGGAGAGUGGCUAUUAUAUCGACACUUGAUGAAGAAAGUGAAUUGGCAAUAUCUAAAAAACUUAAGCUUGACAAUAAGCGAGUUCAUCUUUUCAAUCCUUUUUUGAACUCUACUGAAAGUAUUCUUAACUUUUCGAAGGAGGAUGAUUUUAGAAUAUUUCUUGCUAUCAUGGACCCAAGGACAGCAAGAAAUUUAAUUUGCCAGGCUUAUCAUGCUGGUCUUACUACUGCUAAAUAUGCAUGGAUAUUGCAUGGCAUGACUAAUCCUAAUUGGUGGAGAGUAGAAGAUGUAAAUUCAACUGAUUGUACUAACAAUGAAAUGAAGGAAGCCCUUGAAUCAGCUCUGUUUGUUGACAUGCAAACAUCUACGCUGCCAAAGAUGAACUAUGAAGAAAGAAAUGCUAUAUCAGGAAUUUUAAACAACAAUGGAUCACUAACAGAGGCUGAGUUUUAUUCUCUCUUACAUUCAAAAGUAUUCAAUGCUUAUGAUGCUGCUAGAAUACUUGCUCUAACGUGGAAUGUGACCAUUAAUAAUUAUACCACAGAGGAAUUACAUAAUCUUCUUAAUCAAUCCUGGAAGAUUUCAAAUUCAAAUCAAAGUAAAACUCUAGUACAAAAACUCCAGCACAAUUUAUUCAAUUUUGUCA